UCAACAUUCAUUCCCUUUGUAUUCAUUUCUUCGAUGUCAAAGUUUGUACAUUUUUUGUGUAUUAUACUUCUUUUUCUUCUUAAUUCAAGACAGGCAAUAUGCCAUACCAAAGGGCUAAGGUUGGGGAAGAACUAUGCUGGGAAGCAUCAGACAUUAAACAUGACCAGAGCCCAAUUCUCAGAGAAGCAAUUCAUGAAAUGGGUCAAGUUUGUUGGGAGUCUCAAACAUUCCUUCUUCAAGUCAGCAAAGAACAAGGUCUUCCCUUCCUAUACCAUUACUGUAGACAAGAAUCCCGCAGCCGGAGACUUCACCAGCAUUCAAGAUGCCAUUGAUUCUCUUCCUUUCAUCAAUCUAGUGAGGGUGUUCAUCAAGGUCCAUGCAGGGGUCUACAAGGAGAAGGUUAGCAUAUCUCAGUUGAAAUCUUUUAUAACCAUAGAAGGAGCAGGAGCAGAUAAGACAAUAGUUCAAUGGGGGGACACAGCUCAAACACCUGGGCCAAGAGGACAACCUCUGGGGACAUAUGGCUCUGCAACUUUUGGUGUGAAUGCCCCUUAUUUCAUAGCCAAAAACAUCACAUUCAAGAAUACAACACCAGUUCCACCAUCCGGAGCAGUGGGAAAACAAGCGGUAGCAUUUAGGAUAUCAGCGGAUACAGCUGCAUUCUUGGGAUGUAGAUUCUUGGGAGCACAGGACACACUGUAUGAUCAUGUUGGUCGGCAUUAUUACAAGGAUUGUUACAUUGAAGGUUCGGUGGAUUUCAUCUUUGGCAAUGCCCUGUCCCUCUUUGAGGGAUGUCACGUGCAUGCAAUAGCACAGAAUUUAGGGGCUGUGACAGCACAAGGAAGAAGCAGCAUAUUACAAGACACGGGCUUCUCAUUUGUGAACUGUAAGGUCACGGGCUCGGGGGCCCUCUACCUUGGAAGGGCAUGGGGUCCCUUCUCUAGGGUAGUCUUUGCUUACACUUACAUGGACAACAUUAUCCUUCCCAAGGGUUGGUACAAUUGGGGCGACCCUAACCGCGAAAUGACUGUGUUCUAUGGGCAAUACAAGUGCACAGGACCAGGAGCUAGCUUUGCAGGGCGGGUGUCAUGGUCAAGAGAACUCACAGAUGAGGAAGCCAAACCUUUUAUUGAUCUCAGCUUCAUUGAUGGCUCUGAAUGGAUCCAAUUAUAAAACUUAAUAAAAUGUUCAUCUCAGAUUGUUAUCAUUUAGAGUGAUCUUUAUUUUGUUUUUGAUUGAUAUAUAUAUAUAUAUAUAAUAUCAAUUCUGAUUACACAUCAUAAUAAGGAUAUAUGAAUACUUAUUCUUGUACAUCUAAAAUAAAAUAUUUUUUUGUGU